AUGCAAAAAGCUGAAGUGGCACAUGUGGCAGAAACCAAGGCGGCAAAUAAUCCGGAAAAGGCUAAAGAGGCUAAGGAGGAGGCAAAGAGGAUAACAGAAGAGCUUAGAACGAGAGUUCCUGACGUAGAUAAGAUUGUACAAAGUAACAUUACGAAAUUUGCAAAAGACUACUUGAUCUUCGUAAACGAGGAACUCAAAGCAGAUGACAAGGCCCCCAGCGAGUAUUCAAAUGAUAAUACUGUGGCAGACGACAUCGUCCCGAAAAAACCAGCCCUUUCUACCCUUGCACGCUCGGAACCAUCAACAUACGACGUGCCUUCGAAACCCUCCGAAAACGGGACCGCAAAUUCUUCGGAAAAGAAACAAACCCUUGCAGCAACUGCUGCGACAGCUUGCCUCGUCGACCUGGUCAAGGACUCGGACUCGGAGUCUGAGAGUGGGAAGAAGGAGAAAAAUAAGAAGACUGAUAAAGAUGAGGAUGAAAUCGAAGGCGCCUCUUCUACCUCCGAAGUUUCUGAAUCCCGGGAUUCGGAAUCCGAAAAGCAAGCACAGGACAGUGAGAACUCUGAGGAAGACCAUGAGGCCGAAGACUUGUGUUCCUUGCCAACUCCCUUCAAGGCAAGUUUCUGCUCGUCUUUGAAGACGCUUCAGAGUCUAGUUGUCGCCGUUUUUCCGUACAAGGCCCAAGAAGAGGACGAAUUGGAGAUGACGCAGGAUGACGUCAUCAACGUCACGGGUGGAGAUGACAUCCAGAAAACGUCACUUCUCUCUCCCCCCUCCAUCUUCCUUAUCGUCCAACUCCUCUUAGAGUUCUAA